CAUUUACUGUCAUUUUUCUAAGCUUCCACUUGCAAAAUUACUAUCAUUCAAUUAAUCCUUAAUCCAUAUACUUACCAUUUUACGGCAGUUAGUUAAAACAAAUUCAAUACAACAUUCUUUUGAAAUGUUCUCGAGAUUAGCCUUACGUCCUUUGACUAUGGUUACAUCUCGUUCGGCUGCCAGCCAUUCCGCCCAAGGACUAAGGAGGCUCCCUGGACAUGGAAGUCCCGGAAAGGUUCGCCCGGGCUUCCUGUCCGACAAUUGGGUUAAAGGACCCAUGGGCGUAGGCCUGCUGGCAUAUAUCUGCUCCGGCGACUGUUGUGCCAUUAAGCACGAGCACAGCGGCCUAUCCUUGGGCAUCAUGGAGGACGGCUACUACAGCAGUGGAAUCACCAUCGGUAUCCUGACCACAUUUGCUGUGAUUAGGCUUCUUCCAGCGAUUGUAAAGUGGGCUGAUGGCGAGAUUAUUAAAAUUGAAUCCGAGUACGAAAAGAGUCGUGAAACUAAGAUCAAGGUCCUAUCCAUCUCGCCCUCGAACGGAAAUAAGAAUUCUAGCCAGGAUAAUGCCGAUCAAAACGUGUAGUCGAUUUGUUGAAUUAGUUAUUGCAAUUUGUCCAUGUAAAAAAUAAUAAAAUUUGGGUGUAA